CUUUUUCCCCCAACCUCCCCUCGCCACCACCGCCCCCGCAGCCCCCCCUCAAAGAUCUACCAUCCAAGCUCUGGGUGGAUUUCGCACUCCCUGGGAUCUGAAUUCAACCAUAGGUCAGAGGCACCCUGUGAUUUGUAAACUUCUGACUGAGAUUAACCUGAAGCCUUCAUCUCCUAAUGGUAUUAAUAGACCUCUGAACAGAAGGAUUACAAAAACUGGUCUGCCGUUAUGCCUCAUGGAAGACCUGCCCCUCCUAACAAGAGGAAAAAGCCCUCUAAGAUCAUCACUGACCUGUCACAUGUCACUCAAGAUGAGUUUGAGCCUGAGGCGUCAGAGUUUGACCUGGGGAUGAAGAUCAGGACUCCCAAAGACACCAUGCUGGAGGAGCUGCACCUCUUCACCAACAAGGGCUCCAAGAUGUUCAAGAUGAGGCAGAAACGUAUGGAGAAGUUCAUAUACGAGAACAACCCUGACCUCUUCGGCAGUGAGUCUAUGGAGAACUUCCAGAAGUUGGUCCCCAGCCUGGGUGGUACAAUGAUGUUGGAUGCUAGUGGCCACAUGGUGGACAAGCAAUCAGGCCUUCCUGUACCCCCUCCCAAACCAGGCAAAGAUGGGCAUGGUCAUGGUAAUGAACAUGGUCAUGAUCAUGAGCAUGGACAUGAGCAUGGUAAUGAGCAUGGGCGCCAUGGAUACCAGGGACAUGUACAUCAUGAUGAUGUUGCUCCAGGAGAACAUGGUCAUGGUAGUCAUGGAGUAGAGGUUGCCUUAGACAAAGCCAAGAAAAGGCAUGAUUAUGUUCCCUCAUACGUAUCACCGUGGGAAAAGGCCAUGAAGGGCAACCAGGAGCUGACAUCCAGCAUGAGAUAUCAUAUGCCAGUCCCCCAUGCCCACCUUGAUUUGCACAAGUACAAGUCUUUCAACAGGAGUGCUACACCAUUUGGGGGCUUUGAUAAGGCCUCUCAGCUCAUGACCUUCCAACUGCCAGACACCAGUGAGGUGGCCCAUGAGGAGCCUGAACCAGCUGUGGUAUACCAGCAUGACAUUGGCGCUCGACCCUCCUUCAACCGUACUCCUAUAGGCUGGGUGGGAAGCAGUGAGCCCAGCAGCAUCCACAUGGAGUUGGAUGCCCUGCCCUUCGAUGGGGAGACUGACGACCUGUGAACAGCAUGCCCCACAGACCCAGAUGUGCAGACAAAGGCCACGCACAAUAUAUAAAUCUACAUAAAGAAAAAAACUACACCUUUUAGAGAGGUUUGUGAGCCAGUCAACUUUUCCUUGAGUUCAAUUCAUGAAAGAGGAAAUAGUUUAUGAAAACAAACCACAAAGCUCAAUAUUGGGCUCUUUAAAUUAGAAAGCAAGAUAGAGAGAGAGAGAGGGGGGGGGAUUAGUUAGUAUGUUUGAAACAAAGAAAUCAAUCAUGAACAAAAAAAUCUAUCAUGAGCCUAUUGUGUUCAACUUCCCAGUGAACACAGGAGGCUACCUUAACUGUGAUUUAUGCGUACUCUUAUUAUUUUUCCAUUAUGAUUCAUUUAGUAGGCAUAGUAUAUUGUUCAAUCCCACAAGUCUCCAGCUCAGUCACAAAGCAGCAGCAUAACAUAUUUUGUCCACGAGGAGAGACAAAUAAACAGGACUGAAGGGUUGGAACUUCGUUUUUUUUCCUGUGUCAGCUUGUUGCUGUUUCCACUGCUCAUUCAGGAGAGCUACAAGUUGUUCCUCUAGCUAUAGCCUUCUACCAUCAUGGUUUUUACUAUAUUUCUGUGUUUUCUGUGUUUCUGUGCCACUUUGACAUUUUGACAGCUUUGUCAAGGCCCUGCAAAUCCAGCAACCUAGCCUAGGAUGCAUGCAGUAAGUGUGAGGUGUGCUAAUUUCUGUUGUGUGAUAGAGAUUGUGAUGAACUAAUACAGUACUGCAUCACCCAAGAUUUCUCCCUAAUAAACUUUUUCCAAUUGUA